GGAGCUGGAUCCUGCGGGAGGGAGAGAGAGAGGAGGAGAAGAAAAACCUGCUCAUCUGACACAUCCACGUUCCUCCUCCGCUCGAACCGCGGUUAUUCCUGAUUAUUACUAUUUAUUUGACGGCGUCCGGGUCGUAGUGUGAUUCCCGAGGAACGAGAAGCGGCCGGAGCGAACCAUCGUUUAUGAUUCAACCAGAUAUGAUAUGAAUGUCAACCGGUCAAGGUCCGAUCCGCCGGAUUCUCAGGCUCCUUCUUCUGCGUCUUCCUCACGCGUUUGGGUGAAUUCCUCCUGAUCAAUAUUCAAUAAUAAUCCUUGAUAAUAAUCCCGUGUGACCCCGUGUGGACGGUGCGUGUGGGGGGGAAACGGAUUGUUUGAGCAGCGUGGGAGCUCCACACUGGGGAUGACAUGCUGCGGUAAAAGCUGGAAACUGGGAAUAAUAUGGAUUCGGAGACACUGAUGAUGUGACUGCGACACUUGAGGAAGGAACAUGCUGGUCGGUCCUCCCGUGCAGAAAUCUGUCACACCACUCAUUUAACAGCUGACGUUCACCCAGAGAUCGGAUCCGACGAGAGGACACCAUGUCGGCGGUGAUGAUCACGCGAAAGGUGCGAAAAUGGGAGAAGCUCCCGGGGAAGAACACGUUCUGCUGCGACGGCCGGGUGAUGAUGGCCCGGCAGAAAGGAGUCUUCUACCUGACCCUGUUCCUCAUCGUUGGGACCUGCUCCCUCUUCUUCGCCUUCGAAUGUCCAUACCUGGCUCUGCAUCUGUCUCCCUUGAUCCCAGUCUUCGCUAUCGUGCUCUUCCUCUUCGUCAUGGCCAUGUUGUUGAGGACCAGCUUCAGUGACCCUGGGGUUCUGCCACGGGCCCUCCAAGAGGAGGCCACAUUCAUCGAGAUGGAAAUAGAGGCCGCCAACGGGAACGUUCCCGCGGGUCAGCGGCCGCCACCGCGGAUCCGCAACGUCCAGAUCAACAACCAGAUCGUCAAGCUCAAGUAUUGUUACACCUGCAAGAUCUUCAGACCUCCUCGAGCGUCUCACUGCAGCAUCUGCGACAACUGUGUCGACCGUUUCGAUCACCACUGUCCCUGGGUGGGCAACUGUGUGGGCAAGAGGAACUACCGAUACUUCUACCUGUUCACCCUGUCGCUCUCCCUGCUCACCAUUUACAUCUUCACCUUCGACAUCGUCCAUGUGGUCAUGCGCUCGGUGCAUAAUGGCUUUCUGAACACUUUGAAAGAAACACCUGGAACUGUGCUGGAGGUGCUGGUGUGUUUCUUCACCCUGUGGUCAGUGGUGGGACUGACCGGCUUCCACACCUACCUGAUCUCCCUCAACCAGACCACCAACGAGGACAUUAAAGGGUCGUGGUCUGGAAAGAACCGAGUCCAGAACCCAUACAGCCACAAGAACAUCUUCAAGAACUGCUGUGAGGUUCUGUGUGGGCCGGCCUACCCCAGCGUCUUGGACAGAAGAGGACUGCAGGAGGACUCGCCAGUUCCUGUGUCGGCUGCUGCACCGAACAACAGCAACAACAGCAGCAGCAGCAGCCCGGAGCCACAAGCCAUGCAUGCUGUCCUCUGCCUACAGAAAACCACGGCUCCGCUCAUCCUCAACGAGCACACGCCCGAGGACGCCAAGCCGAGCCUCGGUGCCCCGGACCAGAAGAGCCCCUCGCCCAAAGAGGAGCACCCUCCGCCGUCCAAGGUCCCGCCCCUGGCUUCUCCAGAGCCCGACGUGGAGGCGCCCAACAUCAAGGACAAGUCCCAUUAGCUGUGUGAGGGGGGGCGGGCCCUGAUUGCGGCCACUCCCCCUCCCCCAUAAACCUGCCUGGACAGGAAGUGGAACAUUAAUAAUCAAUGUCUGUUACUGUGCGGGUGACUCAGUUACUCUCUGGCCCCACAUCCAACCAGAAGGGUCUCUGCUGCGGCCCCUCCUCGCCCCUCCUCCCUCAGCAGGAGCUGCAGAGCUGUUUGACUGACCCCCUGCAAGAGGGGGGGGGGGGGG